GCCCACAUUACAAGUCAUGGUACAUCCGAGGUAAUGGGGAGGGGGCAGAAGCUUUGGGGGCUUCGAGGUCGGAAAAAGCUUCCAGAAGAUGGGACUUAGGGAACCAUUUUGCGGGAUUCAUUGCAACCAUUUUCCCAGCUUGCGAAAGCACUUUAAAAUGCCAGCGUUCGGCUCGGAAGAGCGAGCUCCUGCGGGCCAAAGUUCUGGCGAGUGUUCCCUGUUACGGCUCCUCGGCAGAGAGCAACGGAUGGAACAGGGGUGGCAGCCGGCCUCCCUGUGCCCGGGCCGGCCAGGGACUACCUCAAAAAGAAAUUGAAUCUUAGGACCAUAGAUCUGGAAUUGGAAGGGACCCACUGGCCAACUAGUUAGCCUCUCCCCCCUGUCUCCCACAUUGAUGGAGAAAUGAAUGUCCACAGAGGUGAUAUGACUCCUCCAAGAUAACACAGGUCAAGAGCCAUUUCUAGGAAAAGCCCUCCUCAUCACAUCAGCUGCUAGGAUUGUGGUUUUAUGCCUUUCAUUCUGGAGGAUGCUUAUGACAUCUGGGAAGUGAUGCUGCUAGGAAGAAAGCUUUUGAGGAGUGAUUCUUUGUACUUUUUAUCUGUAGCACACAAAAGAUAUUUAAUAAAUGCUCAUUGACUGAUUCCUUUACCUUUCUAUUUAUUUUGUCGUGUUUCCUUCUAUAAAUUAUAAGCUCUUUUUGGAGCACGACUGUUUGUUGCUUUUGUAACUCCACUGCCGGCUAUGUAAUUGGCAAUGCUUUUUGUUUUGUUCUUAUAUUUGAAACCUCAUUCUUAUUAAGGGGAGCUUCAAUUAAAAAAAACUUUUUUUUAAGAUAAAAAACAACAAGUUUGAAUUUUUGUUCUUCAAUAAGAUGCAACAAACGAUAAGGAAGCAUCUCCUAUGUGCAAGAACCAGGUCAGGUUUUCCUAUAUGGCGUCAGGGCACCUAAUUGGAUCUCAUUUUCUCCGUCCUACCAACUCCCCCACCUCCACCUCGACCCUCAACCACAUUCCUACAAACCACACCCCCGUAAAACGUAAGCUCUCCAAGGUGGUGCCUGGGUCACUUUUCCUGCCAGCGCUUGCUGCCCCCAGCUCAUGGCUAGUACGGAAGGCGUCUGGUCGCAGAAAGGGUCCUGUCGCUGACUUUCUCUGGGCUUGUCUUCUUUCUGGUCGCCACUUUUUAGGGAAGAGAUGGUAACUGAGGAGCGUCCAGAGGAACGGAGGCUAGGUCCAGAGCUAGUCUUUGACUCUGCUCUUAGGGAGACAAAAAUAAGUGUUUCAGCCUCGUAACUGUGCGAAGAAAACUGGGAACCACGCGGGAAAGCUUCCCGGCCCAUGGGGAUUACAAGCCGGAGCGGAGGUCUCUCCGGUAGCUGGUGGCAUCGCCGGCGGGAACAGACUGUCCCGAACGAAAAGGUUCAUGGGAACUUCAAUCCCCUUCCCGGCCGGGGGCUGGACAGGUGCGGGAGGCUCGAAGGCCCUUUCCUCUCUCUACGCAGCGCGGCUUCGUACUCAGAGGCCCUGACCGCGAUCUUCAGUUUCUCUCGUUUUCAUUUAGCCCACCGCCUUGCUUCCUCUCUAUUGGCCCGCGGUUCUGCCGGUAUCCCUCGGGCUCUGCCGGAGGGCCUCCCCAUUGGACGAGGCCGACGAGCGGCCGCGGGAGGGCGGGUCCGUUCCUCUUCCGGGUCCCGCCCCCAUGCCGCCGGUGCCCGCCCCCUCGCUCCCCUCCGGGGCCACCGCCCAGCCCCUUCAGAAACUGAGCCUAGGCUUGGCUAUCGACUCAGAGGGCUCGCAGCCGCCUAGUCAGCUGUCCUUGUUCCCGGGCACGUCAUCGGGAAGCUCUGGGCUUAGCGAGGAGGCGGUUGUGGAGGAGCGAGGGCAGAGGCCGAGCUGGUUCCGUAGACGAGGCCCGAGCCGGAGCCGGAGCCGGGAACUCCAGCCGGAGAGCCCGAGCCCGGAUCUAAGGUCAGCCUCCUCGCGCUGGGCCCGCACCGGCAUGGCGGCUUCAUCGGUGCUGAGCGCCGGCCUGGCGCGGAUCCUCUUCUACCCAACGCUUCUGUACACACUGAUGCGCGACAAGGUGUCGGGACCGGCGCACCGCGACUGGUACCACCGCAUCGACUCUACAGUGCUGUUGGGCGCACUGCCGCUGCGCAGCCUCACGAGCCAGCUAAUAGAGAAGGAGAAUGUUCGAGCAGUGAUCACCAUGAAUGAAGAAUAUGAGACGAGAUUCCUGUGUAACACUUAUGAGGAAUGGAAAGCAGUUGGAGUAGAGCAAUUGCGUCUCAGCACAGUGGAUAUGACUGGAGUCCCAACUUUGGAAAACCUAAAGAAAGGUGUCCAGUUCACACUCAAGUAUAUGACACUGGGGAAAUGUGUCUAUGUUCAUUGCAAGGCUGGGCGCUCCAGAAGCGCCACCAUGGUGGCAGCCUAUUUGAUGCAGGUAUAUAACUGGAGUCCAGAGGAGGCCGUGAAAGCUAUUGCCGACAUCCGUUCCCACAUCCACAUCAGACCUGGGCAGGUAGAGGUCCUCAAGGAAUUCCACAAACAGGUCAUGGCUGAAGCAGAAAAAACUACGGUUUCCCCAAAAGAACCAGCUGAUGAAUGAAGUAGGAAAACUGGAAAGAACUCUUAAGACUCUGCAGCUCAUUACAGAAUAAACAAAUUCAUUCAUUGGACCCUGGGGGCUGUAACUUGUAAUAGGCAGAAAACAUCCUGCUCUACCAGAAAUGUGGCAAAAGGAUGGAUAACCAUCCUUUUUUUGUCUGCUUUGUUUUGCUUCAGUCUCAGAAAACUAUUCAUUCUACAACAGAAGCUAAAUGUAAACUCGGUUCUCAAUAGAUUUUAUUUUUUACUACA